AUGUACGCAAUGGGGAAGGUGAAGAUGGCGGCAUCCGAGUUCAUUGCAAGGGAGGGAUUGAGUAACAGUAAGGUGAUGAAGAUGAAGAGUCUGAGAAAUGGAGGAGGAGAGAUGGGAGGGUUCCUGUUGUGGCAAAAGAGGCCUGAUUUGUGGUGUUUGGAGCUAGUGGUUUCGGGGUGUAAGAUCAGUGCUGGUAGUGAUGGUAAGGUGGCUUGGAGGCAGACUCCAUGGCAUCAUUCCCAUGCAUCUCGUGGUCCACCUAGGCCUCUUCGUCGUUCCUUACAGGGUCUUGAUCCAAGGUCGACUGCAAAACUAUUCUGUAAUUCCAUCUGCACUGCGGAGAAGACUGUCAACGAUGAAGACUGUUUUGUAUUAACGCUUGAAGCAGAGUCCUCAAUACUAAGGGCCAGAAGCAAUGGCAAUGUUCAGAUAAUCAGACACAUUGUUUGGGGAUACUUCAGCCAAAGGACAGGCCUUUUAGUGAAACUCGAAGACUCUCACCUCAUUAGAAUUAAAGGCCCGGGAAAUGAGAGUGUCUGUUGGGAGACAACCAUGGAAUCACUAAUCCAGGAUUAUCAAACAAUUGAUGGUGUUAACAUUGCCCAUGGCGGUAGGACUUGUGUUUCGCUGUUGAGGUCUGGUGAGAACUCGGAAGGCCAUUCCAGGACGCGUAUGGAAGAAGUUUGGACAAUUGAAGAAGUGGACUUCAACAUUAAGGGACUGUCCACGGACUGUUUCUUGCCUCCUGGGGAUUUAAAGAAAGAGGAAGAGGGAUGUAGUGCUAUAACUAGCGUUGUUGCGACGGGCAAUGCACGGCUACCAUUCAAGAUCAGAGCCACUUCUUCAAGGCUUGGUGUUGCGAAGUGUGUUGUCAAGGUUGUGGCUAUUGAAGAGGAUGAUUUGGAGAACAUUGAGGUGGAUGAAGAGUUGAAAAUUUAACAUAUAUUCCAUCUGUUGUCUUCUUUUUGUAAAUAUAGCGUCACACUAUGUAUGUUCAACUUAGCUACCAAUGG